AUGUCUCCCGCCUCGAUCCAAACCGAUCAAGACUCCGAUUCCGACGCCGAUGUCGAGUUCGAAGAUGUUCCAAUCUCUCUUCCAAACAGGCCCAGAAAUAGGGAAGACACGGGAAUUCAGAUAACCGUUCCCUCAACCCGGCAACCACAAUGGAGCCCAACUCUAUCGCUUCCGCAACAGCGAAGCCAACCGAUCCCCUCGGGCUCGGAUGAAGAAAUCCAGCUCCGAGGUCAAAUCAGCACCGGUAUAGAGAGAGUCACGUACCGCAAAAUGAAAUCCGACAUGGGAAUGGACGCACCGGAUACACCCGUUUCGGAACGCAGGUAUGAUAGCUUCAAAGAGCUCGCUGCAGAAGUGGAGGGUCUUGUUGAUACGCUUUGGGCAUCUUCAACACCGGCAAUCCAAACCGAAGCCCUCAUAACCCUAGCAGGCCUAAUCCAAACCUCUCUCCCAGCCUUCCCCUUCGACGCCCCACCAACCUUAAACAUCCUCCACAAGUUCGACUGCGUCUUCGCAGCACUGUGUACGGGCACACACCCACUCACCGGCGCUGUUCUACCCGGCACACAGCUGGGCCAGUCUCUUGCAACGGAGACACAGAAAGUGCGGAUCCGGAGUUUGGCGGAGAGGACUAGAUUUGAAGUUUUUUCCUGUUUGGCGAAAUCCAAUGAGAGAGGUGAUGCUGCUAUUACUAAUGGUAAUGGAUAUGAAUAUGAGGAUGAGGAUGAGGAUGGUGAUGAGAUCGAUGAGCCGUGGAUGUUAGAAGCUACUCAAGUUUACGAGAAGAGUCUUAUGCUUCUUGCGGAGCAGGAUCCCAAUGUGGAGGGGAUGGAUGAGUUUAAUUGUUUGUAG